UUGUCUAAUACAUGUACUUUGCGCUUUUUGAGAUGUUUAAGGUUCCCCUCCCUCUGUUUACUGACUCGUAUAACAUUUUGCCUUUCGUUACUUAACGCUUACAAUUUUCCAUGUGAAAUGAUUGCAGAUGCGCAGAAUUUCAGCAUUCUUUGCAAAGUUUUUGCCAUUUGUUUGAUCUUAAUACGUCUGUUUUAUUUACUUGAAGGUUUCCUCUUUUCCCGUCAAGUCUGUUACGAUCACGUCGGCUGUUUUAGCAAUGCUAGACCGUUUAAUAAUGCCAAAGGUCAUCUGCCAGAGUCGCCGAGUCACAUUCAAACUAAAUUCCUGCUUUACACAAGGCAAAAUCCCUCACAUGCGCAAAUGUUGAAUCCAUACGAUCGUUCAACAGUUUCUGGAUCUAAUUUUAAUGGACAUAAAAAUACUGUGUUUAUCACUCAUGGGUAUCAAGAUGAUGGUCACGCACCGUGGAUUCGAACUAUGACAGCUGCAUUCCUGAAACAAGCCGAUAUGAAUGUUAUAGCAGUGGACUGGUCUAAGGGAGCAGACAACAUUAACUACAUACAAGCAGCAGCCAACACCCGGGUAGUUGGAGCUACCAUAGCCAAUCUCAUUAAAGAACUACACAAUACGGCUCACCUGCCGUAUAACAAGGUACAUCUGGUGGGGCAUAGUCUUGGAUCCCAUAUAUCAGGCUAUGCUGGUGCUAUUGCACAUGGAGUUGGUCGGAUAACAGGGCUGGAUCCUGCUGGACCUCUUUUUGAAAAUUUUGACCCCGAGACCAGACUUGAUCCUACAGACGCUUUGUUUGUAGAGGCCAUCCAUACUGACGCAGACUCUCUGCUUGAACUAGGGUUCGGUUUAGAGAAGGCCAUAGGCGAUGUUGACUUUUAUCCUAAUGGUGGCGAGAAGCAACCCGGAUGUAAUAGGGAGAUUGGAAAGCACCUUUUUAGUCUCAUCACCGGCAGAAUUGAGCAUUUCACUAGUAGCAUUGCCUGCAGUCAUAUGAGGGUUCUAGAUUUCUUUACCGAGUCCAUUACGUCACCAUGCUCAUUCACUGCAUAUCCAUGCUCAUCAAAGGCUGACUUCACUGCAGGACGAUGCCAUUCCUGCGGACAACAUGGAUGCUCAAAAAUGGGUUACCAUGCCAACAGUCACCUGCGUGGUACUUUCUAUUUGUCGACCAAUGCUGCUUCACCAUUCUGUCAGCAUUAAUUUAUGUU